CCUGUCUCGGGCCAGGAAGGAUGCCUGGCCGAGCCAGAGAGCCCGGGCGCCCUGCGGAGCCGGCCUCGGAGCCUACCCGUCACGGGUAGAUGCCGCCUUGCCCAGGUGCCGAGGCUGAGUGACCAGACCAUGGAGACUCUGCUUGGUGGGCUGCUGGCUUUUGGCAUGGCGUUUGCUGUUGUCGAUGCCUGCCCCAAGUACUGUGUCUGCCAGAACCUGUCUGAGUCACUGGGGACCCUAUGUCCCUCCAAGGGGCUCCUCUUUGUGCCCCCUGACAUUGACCGGAGGACGGUGGAGCUGCGCCUGGGUGGCAACUUCAUCAUCCAUAUUGGCCGCCAGGACUUUGCCAACAUGACAGGGCUGGUGGAUCUAACCUUGUCUAGGAACACCAUCAGCCACAUCCAGCCCUUCUCCUUCCUGGACCUCGAGAGCCUCCGCUCCCUGCACCUUGACAGCAACCGGCUGCCGAGCCUUGGGGAGGACACACUGCGGGGCUUGGUCAACCUGCAGCACCUCAUUGUUAACAAUAACCAGCUGGGCGGCAUCGCCGAUGAUGCCUUUGAGGACUUCCUGCUGACCUUGGAAGAUCUGGACCUAUCCUACAACAACCUCCAUGGGCUACCCUGGGAUUCCGUACGGCGCAUGGUCAACCUCCACCAGCUGAGUCUGGACCACAACCUUCUGGAUCACAUCGCUGAGGGGACCUUCGCAGAUCUGCAGAAACUGGCCCGUUUGGACCUCACGUCCAAUCGGCUACAGAAGCUGCCCCCAGAUCCCAUCUUUGCCCGCUCCCAGGCCUCCUUGCUGACUGCCACUCCCUUUGCCCCGCCCCUGUCCUUUAGUUUUGGGGGAAACCCACUGCAUUGCAAUUGUGAGCUUCUCUGGCUGCGGAGGCUGGAGAGGGAGGAUGACCUGGAGACCUGUGGAUCCCCUGGAGGACUCAAGGGUCGCUAUUUUUGGCAUAUCCGUGAGGAGGAGUUUGUGUGUGAGCCACCCCUCAUCACACAGCACACCCAUAAGCUGCUGGUUCUGGAGGGUCAGGCAGCCACUCUCAAGUGCAAGGCCAUUGGGGACCCCAGCCCCUUGAUCCACUGGGUUGCCCCUGAUGACCGUCUGGUGGGAAACUCCUCCAGGACUGCUGUAUAUGAUAAUGGCACCCUGGACAUUCUUAUCACCACCUCUCAGGACAGUGGAGCCUUCACCUGCAUUGCAGCCAACGCUGCGGGAGAGGCCACGGCCACGGUAGAGGUCUCCAUUGUACAGCUCCCACACCUCAGUAACAGCACUAGCCGGAUGGCGCCCCCCAAGUCUCGCCUUUCGGACAUCACGGGUUCCAGCAAGACCAGCCGGGGAGGGGGAGGUAGUGGGGGUGGGGAGCCUCCCAAAAGCACCCCAGAGAGGGCUGUGCUUGUGUCCGAUGUGACCACCACGUCUGCCCUGGUCAAGUGGUCUGUCAGCAAAUCGGCACCCCGGGUGAAGAUGUACCAGCUACAGUACAACUGCUCCGACGACGAGGUACUGAUUUACAGGAUGAUCCCAGCCUCCAACAAGGCCUUCGUGGUCAACAACCUGGUGUCCGGGACGGGCUACGACUUGUGCGUGCUGGCCAUGUGGGACGACACAGCCACGACGCUCACGGCCACCAACAUUGUGGGCUGCGCCCAGUUCUUCACCAAGGCUGACUACCCACAAUGCCAGUCUAUGCACAGCCAGAUCCUGGGGGGCACGAUGAUUCUGGUCAUCGGGGGCAUCAUUGUGGCCACACUGUUGGUCUUCAUCGUUAUCCUCAUGGUCCGGUACAAGGUCUGCAACCAGGACACCCCAGGCAAAAUGGCAGCAGCCACUGUCAGCAAUGUGUACUCACAGACCAAUGGGGCCCAGCCUCCGCCUCUGGGUGGGAUGCCUGUUGGGCAGCUUCCUCAGGCACACCCCAAGGUCGUGGUGAGGAAUGAGUUGAUGGACUUCAGUACCAGCCUGGCCAGGGCCUGUGACUCUUCUUCCUCCAGCUCUCUGGGCAGCGGGGAAGCUGCAGGCCUGGGCCGGGGUCCCUGGAGGCUUCCACCCCCUGCUCCUCGUUCCAAGCCCAGCCUUGACCGCUUGAUGGGAGCCUUUGCCUCCUUGGACCUCAAGAGUCAAAGGAAAGAAGAGCUUCUAGACUCCAGGACUCCAGCAGGGAGAGGGGCAGGGACAUCAGCCAGGGGCCACCACUCAGACCGAGAGCCACUGCUGGGACCCCCGGCCACCCGUGCCAGGAGCCUUCUCCCUUUGCCCCUGGAGGGCAAGGCCAAACGAAGCCACUCUUUUGACAUGGGGGACUUUGCGGCUGCAGCUGCAGCUGCCCCUGGUGGCUACAGCCCCCCUAGGCGUGUCUCAAACAUCUGGACGAAGCGCAGCCUGUCUGUCAAUGGCAUGCUCUUGCCCUUUGAGGAGAGUGACCUGGUGGGAGCCCGGGGAACGUUUGGCAGCUCAGAGUGGGUAAUGGAAAGUACUGUGUAGCCAGGGUGGGAGCAGCCUCCCUCCCACCCUCAGAGUGGGAGGGGAAGGGCUCAGAGUCUCGCUGGCAAGUAUUUGUGGAGUUUCCAUGGUGAUGUUUACAUCCAGGGACAGUCUUGUCUCCCUGUCAACAGCCUCAUGUCCUUCCGCCCAGCUACACCCUUUUCCCCAGUGUCACCUUCCCAGGCCUGUCCCCCGACCCAGCGGGGUAUGCUCAGGGAAUGGGACUCGCUCAUGUGUCGGACUGAGCCCUGAGUGUUUGGAGAGGCGACAAACCGCCUUUCUAUUCACAAAUGUAGUGACAAGCAAGCGGCUUCGGAUUGCUUAUGGAUCCAGUGUUGUUUUGAUUUCUUAAUUUAUUUUUCCAUUUCCCAGACUCCUCUUCAUUCUUCUGGAUAACUGAGGGUGUCCUCUACUUGUAAAAGUGUGUUCCCAGCAGGCUGGAGGGGUGAGAUAAGAGAGGGGUGGGAGUAGGUAAUUAUUGUAGAUCAACGAAACUCUGGGUAUACUGUGGAACCACCUACCUAGAGCCCCACAAGCCCUGCCCAACCCCACAGCCUGCUCUGGGAUGUGUGAAUGACACAGUUUCCCAGACAUGACACCCAGUCCCGGCACAACAGACUAAGUUAGAAAGUUAACCCCAGGCUGCAGAUUGGAGCUGAGAAAGGAAUUCAUGAUGUAGAGUGGAAGGGUCUUAUAUGAGGCUGUUUCCUCUUUUCCUGGGGGUCUACAAGAGCUUCUGCUGGCCAUAACUCUUAGGAAUGUGGAUGAGGCAGGAGGAGGGCAUUUUAGACCCUGAGGCUGGUUUCUGGAGCCCUAAGAAUAGGCCACUAAAUGACAUGGGAGAGAGAGACCUUUUCUUUCUUUGGACCUCAGUUUCCCACCUGGCAAACUCUGAAAAGGUCCUAGAAGGUUUCCAAAGAUGAACUAGGUCCUCCCAGCUCUAGGUAUGUGAUACAUACUGGAGUGGAACCAGGAACAAGCCACGGGAGCAGUCCUCCCUUGCCAUGGCACAAUGGGAACGGUUAGAAGUCUGAAGCAGAAGCUGAACCUUCUUUUAAGAAUCUUCUUCCAGAGCUUGCGAGGUAUCUGUGGUCAACCCAUCCUUGAAUGAUCCUCCCUCUCCUCAGAGCAUGAAGUUUGCCUAAUGUGAUCAAGCCAGAGGAGAGGCCAAGGCUACCUACCUCCUGGGGGAGGCUUUCAUCCUCCAUGGCCCCGUUUUUCUCCCCCAACUAGGGUAGUUCUGUGUGCAAAGUUUGUACCUUGCAUGCUCCUUGCGAAGCCGGUUCAGGGUGUUCGUGGCAGGGUGGGGGAGGUGCCUUCCCAUAGUUCCCUGUGGAGUAUCUGUCCAUGGAGGUAAUGGAGCUGGAACGGGAACAGAAAGCAGUUUUGAAGUCAUGUUCACCUAGGCAUGAACCCCACCCCUACACCCACACAGCUGGAAAAAAGCUGCUUUGGACAAAGAGUGACUCCUCGACUUUGUCAUUCCUGGUCUUUGUCUCCUGCCUUCCAGCUCUCUCCUCACAGCCAGCACACUACCUCUCCCUCUUUUUUGUCUUCCUGACUCAGUCGUUCAGUCUAGCCUGUGCUCGCUUCUACACACCAUUCACACCACCUGCAAAGCGCACAGGCAGACACUCCGGGCUUCACCUGCCCACGAACACAUGCUAGAAGUGAUGCUAUCUCUGCAGAUGACCUGCAGCUCCAGCCAGGGAGCCCCAAAUUCCACACUGGCCUCCUUCUUUCCUCCCCUCCCCUCCCUUUCCCUUCCUUACCUUCCUGUCCUUGUUUCUUUUGCUUCUCUCAGUCUGCCCCCAAAUCAUUUUCCAGUUCUUAUAAAAACCAACUGAUCACCAGAUUAGUAUCUCCAGAAACCACACACUCAUUUUCCACGCUAGCCUAGGCACCAGGAACUGCCUCUUCUCCUGCCACACCAAUCCAUUGAAAGGAGAUUUCUAGGACCAGGGAGCUAGCUCUGUUGGUAGAGUUCCUGCCUAGCACACACAAGGCCCCGGGUUUGAUCCUCAACAUCUGCCUGGACUGGAUAUGGCUGUGCAUUCCUGUAAUCCCAACACUUGGAUGGUGGAUGCAGAAGGAUGCUUUUUAAUGAGUUUGAGGCCAGCCUGGGCUAUACAGGACUCUGCUUCAAAACAAAACAAAAUGCCCCACCACCCCCCCAAAGGAAACCUCUCUUCCUUCCUUACCUCCUCCAGUUUCUCUCUGUACAAUUCCCACCAUCCAAGUGAUCCAUAGAGGAAGUGGUCCCAAAGACAGAAGGGAAGGGAGGGACCAACCCACUGUCUUCUGGUCAGUGGCUCGGAGCCAUGAUGGCAUGAUGCGUACCUGCUCUUGUGACAUCAUGUUUCUGACCUGGAUGGGGAAGCAAUGCCCCAGGGUCAGAAUGUAAGUGUCCAUCUUCUCCUCAAAAAAAAAAAAAGUCGGAUAAAAUGCACACUCUUCAAAUACAACCAACCACACCAUGCUGCCUGGGAGGGGAGGAAAAAGAAUCUUCUCAUGUCUGUGGAUGUCUGCUGUUCAUUUCUCUGGAAACAACUCUUGGUUUUCUAAA